AUGUGGCUGACUGGUCCAGCCUGGUUGCACACUGCAAACCGACCACCCGGCCAACAGCCCCAGGAGGGAGAAGUGCCAGAAGAGUGCACAGCUGAGAAGAAGAAGAAAGUGGCACAAGUAUGUGUAGCAAGCACUGCGCCGACCCAGGGCAUCUCCACCGUGACAGAUAUCACCAGCUACAGCAGUCUGACCAAGCUGCUACGAGUCACAGCCCAGGUACAGCGAGCAGUCAGGCGUAUGCAAGUGCAGCAGCUUGAGAUUUUCGUCUCUGCUGACGACAUGGAGAAAGCGAAGGCGGUCUGGGCUCAGGACAUUCAGAGAGAGGCAACCCAAGACCCGAAGUAUGCGAACUGGGUUCGUGAGUUCGGUAUUUACGAAGACAACAGCGGUGUUCUGCGAUGUCGUGGAAGACUGCAGAAUGCGAAACUCACGUUCAGUCAGAUCCACCCAGUUCUACUGCCAGCCAACCACCCGUACACCAGUCUUGUUGUGGUACGUUGCCAUGGAAUUGUUGGCCACAAUGGUGUCAAGGAGACGCUGACAGAAGUACGAAGUCAGCAUUGGAUCGUCCGAGGUCGCCAAGUUGUACGUCGACUUAUCAACCAAUGCACAACCUGCAAGCGACACGAGGGUCCAUCAUACUCUACGCCAGAAACACCACCGCUACCUCAGUUCCGUACAACCGUGGACUUUCCAUUCACGUACACAGGCGUGGAUUUUGCUGGUCCCCUGUACGUGAAGGAUGGCAAUGAGACCCGCAAGGCGUAUGUUGCGUUCUUCACUUGCGCAGUGUCUCGCGCUCUCCAUCUGGAACUUUUGCCUGAUAUGUCAAGAGAGUUGUUCCUGCGUUGUUUCCAACGGUUCAUUGCCCGGUUUGGACUACCAAGAGAGGUGAAGUCCGACAACGGCAAGACGUUCAAGGCAGCCGCGAAGUCGCUGGAAGGACUGUUCACCGUGGAAGAAGUGGCGAGUCGCUUGGCAGACCACGGCGUACGUUGGACCUUCAAUCCGGAGAAGGCCCCCUGGUGGGGCGGGUUCUUUGAGAGAAUGGUGAGAUGUGUCAAGCGUUGUCUCAAGAAGAUCCUACACCUCUCCAAGGUGACAUACGAGGAACUGCUCACAACAUUGCUGGAGAUUGAGGCAAUCUUGAACAGCCGGCCUCUCUCUGGACGUGUGGAGAAGAUCAUAACCAACUUCUAUACAUCACGUUUGUCCGACGGUCAAUGUCGGGUGUACAUCAACGGUGAAAACAAGCUAGUCCCGGCCAGCUCGUUUGAACUGGAUGUGGAACAAGAUGUAUUCAUCUACCCCGGGGCAGUCUCCCUAGACACUGACGAGCAAGUGAUGAAGGUACGUCUUGCUGUUGCUCCAAUCAUCUGCAUCAACGUGGAACCCAGAUGUUUUCAUCGUGCUCUGGACGCACACAUGGCACUUUCUAUCACGGAGCUGAAACAGCUGACUGAGAGCUUCACAUCAUUAUGCAGUGUCGUCGUCCAACAAGACGAUCAGCUGGUAGAGACCUUCCAAUAA